AUGAGAAACUCGACCUCAUGGAAAGAUAUCCUUGCGAAAUCAAGUGAAGAGGCAAAUCUCGUAGCGCAACAGCCUGUAGCUCAAGAAGAAACUCCUCUUCAACCGCGUCACAUGCAUGACUCGUAUACGCAGGUUGAGCUUCCAUUUUCAAGCAACCCCGCCUUGUUGGAACAAUUUACGAAUGCAGGCGGAGCGUAUAAACAUGUUCUGGGACCGAGCGUACCGGAUGUUCUUUCAGGGGAGCCUAUCAGUCGCGGAUUUUAUCUGGUCACCGCCUCGGUUGACAGGCAGCCUUCCGAUAUUCGGCUUUCUGGACAAGUUAUCCAUGUUGGAAAUAGUAGUAUCGAAUGUGUUGUGAGGAUGGAGCAACUGUCUGAACAUGGACGGGGCGAGAAAACGGUUAUGCUUGGUCGAUUUUCAAUGGUCGCUCGUGAUGCUAUUACGCAUAAAGCCCGUGCUGUGAAUCCGCUGGUUUUGUCCACUCGCGAAGAACAGGCGCUGUUCAAGUUUGGCGAAGGCAACGGCCAGGGCUCAGAAGCUCAGCUUCUCCAUGCGGCUUUUCUCAAGUACUCGGGGUUAUUCGAUAGUGGAAGUACAAAGAAAGUCAAGGGAGAGGUGGAACCCGUCUGGAUGGAGGAUACUCGCCUGGAAAAGACACUUAUGAUGUUCCCUCAGAAACGAAAUGUUCAUUCCAAAGUAUUUGGUGGUUAUCUUAUGAGGCUAGCAUACGAGAUAGGGUACACCAAUGCAUACAUGUUUACUCGUGCGCCUCUCCGUUUUCUGUCACUCGACGGGAUAGCUUUCAAGAAGCCGGUUCCAAUUGGUUCAAUUCUUAGAUUGACAUCUCAUAUUUCCCACACGACAUCCAACGCGGAAUUUACUGCGGUUGCCCAUGUUCAAGUUCAAGCAGAGGUCAUUGACCCGGCAACAGGGGAAAGUAAUUUGACAAACACGUUCAGGUUCACUUGGUCUAUCAUAGCAAAUAUGUCCGUUCACGGCGACGAUGAUCUUUACGCUGACCUUUACGGCAAUGAUGACUAUGCUGCGGCCGAGGAAGAGAUACUAGGCAACAACAAGUCAAACACUGGAUCUGGAGAGAAAAGCGACCAGCCACCGGUUGACCCGCCUCAGACUUCUAAUACUGACUCAGCACCAGCUAAAAGCGUGACUUCCGCAGUGACCGCAGCUCAGGUUCCUACACCUUCGACCUCGAAACCUGUUGAACCUAGUGUCCAGCCUCGACAGACUCCUGCGCUGAUACCUCAGAUUGGCUCCUCGAUUGCGACAUACACGUCAGACGAAGGGACCACCCUUCCCCCUGACUACGGCUCUGGUGCAUAUGGAAAUGUCGGCGAACCCAUCCAGUCUUACGACUCUCAAAACGAACGACAGUCCAACAAUGGCUCCAACUACAACGAUUCGAACCAAGCAGGUGCUGGCGGAUACAACAACCAAUCUGAUCAACAGAAACAAGGAGGCUAUAUGAACGGUGCUGUAUACGAAUCAUCUAAUCAAGGUGCAUAUGGCGCGGGUCAACGCGGCAGCGGUGGCGGCUAUGGGGGCUUCAAUGCUGCUGGAGGUGGAGGACGAAGGUUUGACAGUGUUCGACCGAGUGAAAUGAAAGAUGAGGGCUACUUUUCCCAAUUUGGCAAAGUGGAUGCAUGUACCAUUAUGCGAGACGCGUCAGGUCGCUCCCGCGGCUUUGCGUUCUUGACUUUCGAAGAUCCAGCUGCUGUAAACGCAGUGAUGGUGAGAGAGCACUUCCUUGAUGGCAAAAUAAUCGACCCCAAGCGGGCUAUUCCUAGAACAGAGCAUGCCCGCACUCAAAAACUGUUUGUUGGAGGUCUAGCAUCGACUGUUACGUCUGAAUCCAUGCGCAACUUCUUUUCCCAAUACGGUAAAGUGAUCGACGCGAACGUGAUGGUUGACCGUGACUCGAGUCGAAGCAAGGGCUUUGGCUUCGUCACGUUCGAAGACCAAGAUGGAGUGGACAAAUUACUUCAACUCGGUCCACUCGAGUUGGAUGGCAAACUCAUGGAUAUUAAGCUCGCCCAACCCCGAGGGACCUACCAACGCAACGAAGGAUUCAACAACCAGGGUAACGAUGGAGCCUACAACAACUACAACAAUCGCCAGCAAGGUAAUACUCCAUUCGAUCCCCAAGCGAUGGCAGCUCUUUAUGCUCGAGUCCAAAUGAUCAACCAAAACCAAGGUGGAAUGGGCAUGGGUAUGAAUGGAAUGGGCGGCAUGGGUGGCAUGGGCGGCAUGGGAGGUAUGAGCGGUAUGGGCGGUAUGGGAAUGGGCAUGGGUGGUGCUAAUGGUGGGUUCAACGGCGGCAUGAUGGGCAACGGCGGUGGAAUGGGUGGUGCCAACGGCAUGAUGGGUAACAGGGGUCAAGGCGGCGGAAACAUGAUGGCCGGUGUUCCGCGCGGGCCUGCUGCCAUGCGAGGCGGGAUGGCACAAGCCCAGGGGCAAAACCAAGGAGGAGGGGGAGGAGGGAUGGGCCCGAACAGGUACAAUACCAAGGGACAGCACAACUACCGUCCGUACUGA